ACGAAAUAUUUCGCUUCAGUGUCUGCGUUUGCGUGAAACUGGAAAAAUGUCGUUGUUUGGUUUCCUGACGGCGAUCGGAGACACCCUUUGGGAAUAUGGGACGUUCCUCACGCUCCUCUUGGUCUUGGUCUGCACCAUCUCUGCUCUGAGCACUUGGAGGGAGGAGCUGCGUAGGAAGGAAUGGGAUGCUGCUGGAAAGGACGUCGUUGUCCUCCACACCUUCGGUCGAGGAUACACCUGCCCUCAUAUGUCGCCCUUCGGCCUGAAACUCGAGACCUAUCUUAGGAUGGCAGGAUACAAGAUUCAGAUAGAGGAUAAGUCUCCCUUAAGCUCCAAGGGUAAAUCCCCCUGGAUAACACUGAACGGAGUCGACUUGACGGAUUCUCAGUUAAUCAUCGAUCAUCUGUCAGCUAACAACAAGAGUUUCAGCAGUCACUUGUCGGACAAAGAGAAAGCGAUUGCCAACGCCUUCCAGAUCAUGGUUGACGAACAUCUCUACUGGGGCUUGGUAAGACACAGAUACCUGACAGAUCCCCACCUCCGGGCAUUUGAGCUGACUAACGUGUACCCCAACUGGAUCAAGUACAUGGUCCCACUGAUGAGGUACCUAUUCAGGAAGGCACUCCAUGCCCAGGGCAUCGGUAGGCACAGCGAUGCAGAAGUGCUGGAGAUCAUGAGAAAGGAUCUCGAGAGCAUCUCCAUAUAUUUGGGCGAAAAACCCUUCUUGAUGGGAGACGAACCCUGCGAGGUUGACUGCUCCAUCUUUGGACAACUCGGGCAGCUACUAUGGAAUGCUCCGGACUCUCCCUAUUAUACGAUGGUGACAGAGGAUUUCCCAAACCUUCAGCAAUAUUGCCUUCGCAUGAAAGAGAAGUUCUGGCCGGACUGGGAGGAGGUGUUGGACAAGCCUCUAAAAUAAAGAUGUACGUGAACUCGAGCAAGAGCCGUAGUAUAUUCUUCAUUGUCAGUUCCACAUAACAUCAAGAAAUCAAGAAAAACAGUAAAUAUGUGAUGUCGAUAUGAUGAUAGUUAUUUUUUCAAGUCAUUAUAAACUAAAUAAGUAUAUAA